AUGGACAUGCUGCGGCGCGCGGGAGUGGCAGAGCCGCACCGCUGGCCCCAAGCCAUGAUGGCCGCUACCGAACAGGGCUGGCCGGCUGCCACCGCUGCUCCGUUGGCGUCCUCGAAUGGAGCUGACAGUUAUGGGGUCUUCAAGCUCAGCUAUGAUGUCAGGAACGAAGACCAGGAGCUUCUACAGAAGGUUUGGAAGAGCUGCAUCAGAGUGGCGGUCAGUGGCGCAGCUGGCAAUAUAUCCAGCCAUCUCCUCUUCAUGCUGGCUAGCGGAGGGGUGUUUGGGAUGGAUCAGCCUGUCAGCUUUCAGCUGCUGGGGAGUGAAGAAUCGCUGCUGAAACUGGAAGGCGUUGCCAUGGAGCUUGAGGACAGUUUGUACCCGUUACUGAGAGAGGUGAGAAUAGGGACAGAUCCUCGCAACUUGUUCAAGGAUGCUGACUGGGUCAUACUGCUCGGGGCACACCCACGGACGCCAGGUAUGACAAGGGCAGAGCUGCUUGACAUCAACGGGCAGAUCUUCCGUGAGCAGGGUCGCGCGUUGGACGAGGUGGCGAGCAGAGACUGCAAAGUGCUGGUGGUGGGCAAUCCCUGCAACACCAACGCGCUGAUCUGCAUGGAGAAUGCGCCUCGCCUGCGCAGAGAGAAUUUCCACGCGCUGACGCGGCUGGACGAGAAUCGUGCCAAGUGCCAGCUGGCGCUCAGAGCGGGGCGCUUCUACACCAGCCUCUCUCGCGUCGCCGUCUGGGGCAACCACAGCACCACCCAGGUACCAGACUUUCUGAACGCCCGGAUCGCGGGGGAGCCUGCCGUUGAUGUGAUUGGAGUUGAGAGAUGGUUCAGAGAAGAGUUCACACCGACCGUUGCAAACAGAGGUGGCGCUAUUAUAGAGAGGUGCAGCAGAUCCACAGCAGCUUCAACAGCAGUCAGCAUUGCAGAUGCGCUCAAGAGCUUAGUCACGCCCACGCCGGAGGGUGACUGCUUCUCUAGCGCAGUCUGCACGGAUGGCAACCCAUAUGGAAUUGCUGAGGGCCUCAUCUUCUCCAUGCCAUGCCGAUCCAAGGAUGAUGGGCGGUAUGAGAUCGUGGACGAUUUUGUGAUUGAUGAGUGGCUUGAUGAGAAAAUUACGGCGAGUGAAGAGGAGUUGCUAAAAGAGAGGGCAUGCGUGUCCCAUUUGAUCCCCAAUGCCCCGCCCGCUGCAUGUGAAAUCACCCUGGACACCAUGCUGCCAGGCGAGAUUUGA